AUGCUCUUCACUUAUAAUCUCGCUUUAGGGAUAUCGUGCAUUGUUGCCCUGGCUGUCGUUUCGAGUCUGACUCGCAGACGUGUUUAUCCUUUACCUCUGCCACCUGGCCCUCGUCCGUUACCAUUUCUGGGUAACGUGCUGCAAUUGGAUACCAAACGACCUUGGCUCACAUAUACUGCAUGGGGAAAGACAUACGGAAAAAUCAUUCACUCCCGCGUACUUGGGAUUGACUUGAUCGUCAUAAACUCUGAAACCAUAGCGCGGGAGUUGCUGGACAAGCGUUCAGCAAAUUACUCUUCUCGCCCUGCUACUCCCACCAACGAACUAUCUGGACUGGGUUUCAAUACCGCAUUUCUUCCUUAUGGGGAGACUUUACGACAACAUCGCAAGAUCUUCCAUCAAGUCCUCAGGGCCGAAGUCUCGCUCUCAUACCACGAGCUGUACUCUCGCCACGCAAAUGAACUAGUCAUCAAUCUUUUAGGUGUCACUAGUGACUCACUGAAACAACGCAUUCAAGCAUACACGGCAUCCUUAAUCAUGACCGUGACAUAUGGACACCUUGCUUGUGGACAUGAAUUUCUUACCCGCGUGCAAGAAAUCAAUGAUAUUGGAACACAGAUUCUUUCUCCCGAGAAGGUUGCCAUGUUCACAACCUUUCCUUUCCUUGCAAAGUUACCGUUUUGGUGCUUCGGUGGAGCGUUUUCCCAGAUGGGACGCUGUAGAGAAUUAUGUCAACAACUUUUGAACGAGCCCUUUAACGAAGUGAAGGCACAGAUGGCAAAUGGUACUGCUUCACACUCGUUAGUCGCUGACUUUCUCAGCCAAGCUCACGAUGACGCCGACGAAGACACGAUGAAGUCUGUUGCGUUGAUGGGAUCCAUAGGUGGUAUAGAAACCACUGCAGCCGCAUUGCAGACAUUUUGUUUGGCGAUGGUGCUUUAUCCUGACGUCCAAGCACGGGCUCGUGCUGAAAUUGAUCAAGCUGUGGGGCAUGAUAAGAUGCCGUGCCUUGAUGACAGGGCGUCACUACCCUACCUCGAUGCCGUUCUACGCGAGGUCCUGAGAUGGUAUCCUAUCGGCCCCCUUGGAGUUCCACACGCGACAUCAAAUGACGAUGUCUAUGGCGGGCACUUUAUACCCAAAGGUGCGAUAGUAAUGGUUAAUCAGUGGGCACUGUCUCGGGAUGAAGACAUUUUCCCUGAUGCAUCACGCUUCGAUCCUAGUCGCCAUCUAGCAGUUGACGGGAAACUCAAGGACACUUUCGUCAACCAUUUUGCCUUUGGUCAUGGCAGGCGUAUUUGUCCUGGUCGUUGGUUUUCAGAGAGCAGUAUGUGGACUGCAGUUGCUGCCAUACUCGCCGUCAUGCGCAUUGAUCAUGCCAAAGACUUAAACGGAGACAAGAUUGAAGUGAAGCUAGAGUUCACCACCGGCUUGGCGAUGUAA